CUGGUGCUCAGUCAUAUGACCGGCUGCUCCCAGCUCCCGCGGGCAGAGCAGAGCGGAGCGGCGCGGAGUUCCUCAGCUGCAGUGGCAGCCCCGGGCUGGCUCUCUCCCGUGAUGCUGGGCGGCCGCGCUGCAGCAGCAGGAGCAGCAGCCGCAGCAGGAGCAGCCAGAGCCGCCGCCGGGAUGCCUCCGCCGCGUGGGCCCCGGGCUCGGGCUGCGGCCAGCUGAGCGGGCGGCGUCGCGGGAGCCGGAGGAGCAGCAGCGGCCGCGGCCGGCGGCGGCAUCAUGGCCCCGACCCUGCUCCAGAAGCUCUUCAACAAAAGGGGCUGCGGGAGCGGCGCCGCCUCUUCCUCCUCGGCGGCCGCCCCGGGCAGGGCACCCAGGGAAGCACCCGCCUUUAGUUGGUCAUGUUCCGAGUUUGACUUGAACGAGAUCCGCCUGAUCGUUUACCAGGAUUGUGAAAGGAGGGGCCGACAAGUCUUGUUUGACUCUAAAGCAGUCCGGAAGAUGGAGGAAUCAGCAGUUCAGAGAACUGAGGAUGUCCUCAUUAAAAUGCCAGUCAAAUGCUGCCAGGCACGGAACAGUAUCAGCAGCAGCAGUGGUAGCAAUGGCAGCACUUCUUCCCAUCAUUCUUCAGUAGGCUCUCUACAUGGCAAGGAGCAAUUUCCCAAGUACCAGUAUACAAGACCAGCUUCUGACGUCAACAUGCUUGGGGAAAUGAUGUUUGGUUCCGUGGCAAUGAGUUACAAAGGCUCUACCUUAAAGAUCCACUAUAUACGUUCUCCACCACAGCUGAUGAUUAGUAAGGUCUUCUCUGCUAGGGUGGGCAGCUUCUGUGGAAGUACUAACAACUUGCAAGAUAGCUUUGAAUACAUCAACCAAGAUGCUAAUUUGGGAAAAUUGAGCUCAAAUCAAAAUAGUUUGGGUCCCUGUCGUGCUGGAAGUAACCUAGGUGUGUUCCAGGUGUGCAGCAGCAAACUGCUGCAAGGGUUGGCUGAAGGAGGACCUCUCCGGCUCACCCGGAGCGCUUCUUUCUUUGCAGCGCACAGCACUCCUGUUGAUAUGCCCAGUAGAGGCCAGAAUGAAGACAGGGAUAGCGGGAUUGCCCGAUCAGCUUCCCUGAGCAGCCUGCUGAUCACACCUUUUCCGUCUCCAAGCUCCUCCUCUUCCUCUUCCAGCAGUUACCAGCGCCGCUGGCUUCGGAGCCAAACGACCAGUUUAGAGAAUGGCAUUGUCCCAAGGUGGUCAACUGAGGAGACUUUUAGCUUGGCUGAUGAGACCUGCAGUUCUAACCCCGCCAUAGUUCGAAGGAAGAAAAUUGCCAUCAGCAUCAUCUUCUCCCUGUCUGAAAAAGAGGAGGCACAGAAGAAUUUCCAGGACUUCUUUUUCUCUCACUUUCCUCUCUUUGAAUCCCAUAUGAACAGGCUGAAGAGUGCAAUUGAAAAGGCCAUGAUUUCCUGCCGAAAGAUAGCUGAAUCAAGUCACAGAGUACAAUUUUAUAUCAGCCAUCUGAUGGAGGCUCUGGGAGAGUUCAGAGGGACUAUCUGGAACUUAUACUCUGUUCCAAGGAUCACUGAACCCGUGUGGCUUACCAUGAUGUCCAGCACAUUGGAAAAAACCCAGCUGUGCCAGCGCUUUCUCAAGGAGUUUACGCUUCUGAUCGAACAGAUCAACAAAAAUCAGUUUUUUGCUGCAUUGCUGACUGCAGUAUUAACUUACCACCUUGCAUGGGUGCCAACUGUGAUGCCUGUUGAUCAUCCUCCAAUCAAAGCCUUUUCUGAGAAGCGCACUUCACAAUCAGUGAACAUGCUGGCCAAAACACACCCCUACAACCCUCUCUGGGCACAGCUGGGUGACUUGUAUGGGGCCAUAGGCUCUCCAGUGAGACUGACUCGGACUGUGAUCAUUGGGAAGCAUAAGGAUUUGGUCCAGCGGAUCCUUUAUGUCCUGACCUAUUUCCUCCGGUGCUCUGAGCUACAGGAGAACCACCUGACCUGGGGUGGAAAGCUCUGGGAAGGAGAAGAAGUGCUGAAUGGUAGCAAGAUGACAACAGCCCUGGAGAAAGGAGAAGUGGAGGAUUCUGAAUAUGUGGUAGUGACUGUGAGGAAUGAGCCUGCACUGGUACCCCCUGGGCUGCCCUCACAGACUGGUGAGAAAAAAGCAGACAACCCAGAAGGUCUGGGCACAACAGACCUCUUCGCUAGAGUCACUACAGAAGGAAGCAAAGGAUCAGGAAGGAAUGAGCAGGACUUUGAGGCCUGUGGCAUGGCCUCCUUGGAUGAAACAACAUCGGAUGCCUCCUGGGAGAAUCAGGGACCAUUGCAUGUGGUAGAAGAAAGUAAGGAGGGAGCCACUGAGGAUGACCCUCCAAGACCCCCUAGCCUUGAAAGGCUGGCCAGAUCUGAAGCUUGGGCAGUGGGGCUGAAGACCGAACAGCAGGCUCCCAGUGAGGUGCUGAGAAUGGAGAUGGACAAGAAGCCCCCAGACAGGUUGUUGGGCUGGCCUUGCCCAGACAGACGUUCCCAGGAAAGUCCUCCUUUAGAGAAAGUCACUUUCCAGAUUGGUAGCUCAGUUUCUCCAGAGUCAGAUUUGGAAAGCCGAGCAAGGGACAUGGAGGAGAAGCUGAAGGCCUUCAGGAAUCCUCCUGAGUUAGCAAGGAGUCUCUUGGGUCAGGCCUGUGAGACUGCCGAACUAGCUCAGGACCAGCAGAUUCCUCAGGUCCCUUUCAGGCCUGGCAUUCGGAGAAGUGUUUGCUAUUCCCACAUCCUGUCUUCUGACGAGCACGAAGGCCUGUCAGGCCAGUGUCUUGUCAAGGGUAGUGACAUAAGAAUUGAUGUCAUAGAUGCUGCUGAGCAACCCUUGGCACCUUUGGACAAGGGAGCAGGAACUGGAAGGCAAAGAACUCUGGAGGAAAGUAGAGGUUUGUGCUUGAAGACAGUGAAGGGACAGUCAUUAGAACCUGUUGAGAACAGGUGUAUGCAGCAGGACUCUGGCCUCAUGGUAGCUGCAGAUGUCCCCUGUGGGGAUGCUGAUGGGAAAACUGCCUUCAGGAUGGGAGGAGACAUUCCAAGGAAUGAAAGCUCAGACAGUGCCCUCGGCGACAGUGAUGAUGAAGUGUGUACUUCAGCUCCAGAAAAUCUAGGCUCCAGCAGUGACAGGAAUGAAGAAGUAGAGCUGCCUUUGCCAAGGUCUCAGAUCAUCAGCAACCAAAAUGUAAAGAACUUUGGUCGUUCCCUUUUAGGGGGUUACUGCCCCAUGUAUAUGCCUGAUCUGGUGCUCCAUGGGACCAGCAAUGAUGAGAAAUUGAAGCAGUGCCUGUUAGCAGACCUAGUCCAUGCAGUGCACCAUCCUGUGCUAGAUGAGCCAAUAGCAGAAGCCAUCUGUAUUAUCGCAGACACAGAUAAAUGGAGUGUCCAGGUAGCUACGAGCCAGAGGAAAAUGAUGGACAACAUGAAACUAGGCCAGGAGGUCUUGGUGUCAAGUCAGGUGUCCAGUUUACUACAGUCCAUUUUACAGCUUUAUAAGCUCCGCCUUCCUGCUGACUUCUGCAUAAUGCAUCUUGAGGACAGGCUCCAGGAGAUGUAUCUCAAAAGCAAAAUGCUCUCUGAGUAUCUUCGAGGGCACACAAGAGUUCAUGUCAAAGAACUAGGAGUUGUGCUGGGGAUUGAGUCUAAUGAUUUGCCUCUGCUGACUGCUAUUGCUAGCACUCACUCUCCUUAUGUUGCUCAAAUACUCUUAUAAGCUAAGCUCCAGUUGUCCUCUGGACCAAAAAAAAAAGCAACAAAUGCAGAGACAUUUGACUGGAGGAUUGAGGCAAGCCAGCAGCCUUAUCAUGAAGACAGGCUUUCCACCACUGCCUGUUUGGUUUUGAAGUGGACCUUUCUUUAGAAGACUUUGGUUUACAUUCAGGUUCUUCUCUAACACUUUAGUCACCUAUGGAUUGACAGGAGGAGAAGGUGACCUUUAAAAAAUGCGAAAAGGCAAAACAAACACUACAGUAAAUGCUAGACUUUCAGUAUGAACUGGCUUGUGUUACUUGGAGAGAAAAACAAACCAGCCAGACCAGCUGGUUGUUCUCCUCGCUGACUUUGGAGGAGGGAGCUGCCCAGUGUACAGAACAUUCCUACAGCCAAGCGUUCCCCAGCUAGGAGGUGAGACACUGUCUGAGCUGGCCUGUUGUGCGGGCAUGGGGAGAACAAGGACUCUGUGAGAUUGGCUACUGGGAUUUUUUUCCCUACAAGGCAAGAGGAGGAAAGCCACGUUUUCGUUGCCUUCAGAAGCUCUGAUAGCUCCAACUGUCGCUGUUUUGAUAAUGAACACAAAUGAGGAUGCCUGUGGGGACAAUGGGAUUUAUUAGGGACUAGUUGUCGUUUUAAUUUCUUCUGGGAGGUGAUAUUGUUUCAGAUACAAACCUGACUCAGAUUUGGAAUGGCCUGGGCACAGUGGUUCAAGAAACCUGAGAAGACAUCCAACAUGGUAAUGUGAUCAAGAUGUCCUCGGCAGCAGUCAAGUCCACAGUCCACAACCCUGUGUUACAACCUCGUGCUUUAGUGUUUUUGGCUGCCUUUUUUAAGAGAGGCCAUUUACCCAAGUUAUUGCUGGGAACUCAGGGGAGGAUUUGGGGGGUAAAUUCUUCCAGCCCAAAUCGCUUUCUUCCUGUAAGAGUUAGAAGUGACUCUCUUUACACUUUAAAUGAGACAGCUGGCCUUUUGUGAAAUGAGACCUUAAAAUGACUGGGGGAAAUACUGUUUGAACAUUCGCCAACAUCCAAUUGUAAUCCUACCAAGUUUUUGCACUAUCAUGUCUGUGCCUUCCCGUUUCUAACACCUUUCUUCCUCCCCCCUCCCAUAAGAACCUUUGGGUAAUUGGUUCUGAACUCUCCUCACUCAUAGGUUACCUCCAUAUAAAAUCCCUUGUUCUUAAAUCCUAACUCAUUUCUUUGGUGUAGCAGAGAGCUAUGCUUUGUGUUGACAUUUUUUCAAAAAAGACAUCUUAGUUUACUACCCACCAAGUAGUUCAUGAGAAAAAUUAGACACCCAAGAUGAAAAGGGGCAUUUUAAAAAAGCAUUGAACACCAAAAGUAAUCAUUUUAGUAAAAGCAAUCAAAAAGCAUCCAUUCACCUUCCUCCUGCUCCAUGCUCACAGAAGAUGGUCCUAGUUUUGUAUGCUACUUAACUCCCUAUUCUUUCCAUUCUUCCUAACAGCAAUUCACUAACAUCUAGUUUGGAGCCAAGAUGAUUUAAAAAAAAAAAAAAGCAAAAAACACAACAGCAGAACAGAACAGUUAAGAGCCUAAUCCCUGAUCCCCGGCUGCCUGUCUGGCACAUUGUCAGCGAGCCAGGCUUUGGUUUAUUCUUUUAUGGAUACAUGUUCACUCUCUUUUUAAAAAGAGGAUGCCAGCAGUAGUGUGAGGAGAGUGCGGGGUGGAGUUACUUCUUAGGGAUGGGCAACUACUUGCUUUUGUAAAGGACCUUCCAUUCUUUACCUGAGAUGUGAAAUGUUUACCAGCUCAUUAUGACUCUUCUUUCUUUCUGUUUUCUCAUCCCCACUCUGUGUGAACAUUUCAAAGAGCAAAGCUCUAUUCUGUUAUUCUUAUACCUUUAUGAUUCCUGAGGAGAGACUUCAAGCUUUGUCUUUUUUUAAGUGCUUCAUGGGACCACAACCGCUGCUUGCUAGCCUUUAGGUGAGAAAAAAUGCAGUUCACCUGGCUCGACCAUUUCUGUCCAAUACCCUCUCAGGAAAUAAGCCAAGCUGAUGCUUCUUCCUGCCUGUCCUGUCCAUUCAUUCAUCUUUGUCUCCCGAUUUCUUUUCUUGUUCAUUUUCUAAUCCCCUCCCCCGCAACUUCCAGAGUUCACAUAAAAUCCCCUUGCACAGUAGACACCAACCAGUGGAACUGCAGUGUGUACAUAGUGGCUUUCUGAAAAGCAAGCUCAUUUAAUGCAACCAAGCAUUAAAGGGGCCAUCUUAACUGCCACCAGCAGCUUUAAUGCUAUCCUCCCCUCUUUGGUUUGAGCAGGUUUAUUUACCCCCUUAACUUAUUUUUAAGUUCCAAAUUAUGUAGUCUUUUUUGGUAAAGUGUCUGUGCUUAAAAAAAAAAAACCAACAAAACUUUAGGUGGAUUUUAUAUGGGUGUUUUGUCUCCCCCACACUCAGGAUUCCAGUCAGUCCAUAUUCCUCACAACUGUUGCCUCCACAAACAGACCUAGAAUGUUACUGCUGCUAUUUUCAAAUACUGCAUUAAGAAAAAACACUCACACUUUCUUUUUGUCUUAUUAUUCAACCUCUUUCCAAACCAGAAUAGAAACCUAUGACAUUGUGUUGAAAUAAAUACUUUUUUUUAAGCCAGUGGCUUUAUUCUAACUAAUCCGAAGACUCAGGAGAGUCCUUGCUCUCUCCCAUCCCCACUUCAAAAAGAAAAAGAAAAAAAAAACUACCUCAGUUGACAGGAUUCCACCUUUUAGGGCUUCUUCAACUUUGUAAGUCUUACCUGUUGUUGAGUGUAACUUUUGUAGCAUCUUGCUUCCUAGGCAAGUUAGUAUGGCAUGACGGAGCAGACGGUGCGUGUAAAUGUCUUGGUGACGGCCCGCUUUAUAGCAUGUGUCAGUUUUAUUUUUUAAUAAAUCGAUAAGUAAUAUGAAUGUAAGGGGAAUUUUCAUGUGUUUGAAACUGAUGGUGAAAUGAAAAAAAUGUAGCUGAAAAAUCUGCAAAAUUUCCAAAGCGUUUUAUUCUUUUAUCAGUGUUAUAAUAGCUUUUUGUACAGGCUGCAAUCCAUUUUUCUGAAGUGUGCUGUUUUUUAAUGAAAGUGAUUGUAAUCUUUUCACAUCCCAUGAAACUGCUGUUUACACAUUACUGACUUUUACAAGCCCAUAUUUUUCAAACCUAACUUUUUGGAGGGAAGAAAAUCCCUACUACAUUCAAUGUGACUCAGCUGCUGUUUGGACUCUUCUAAUGAAAUACUGAGAUUUUAUAAAAUGUAUAGUCUCUAGCUUUUCAUUCUAGUCACCUGGGCUAGCCAUUGUCCGUGAAAGCAAUCAAUGGAAAGGAACCCUGAAGUUCCUUUAAAUGUAGUUUUUGCCACUAACCUGUACUUUGGAAAGUAUUUUUCCCCCAUGGAUAUUUUCCACUACUAGCAUGGAAAGUCUACACCUGAACUCUUCUUAAAGAUGUACAUUUGGCUAUUACUUAAAAAAUGAAAAGAACCCACUUGUAUAAAUUUACGUUGGAUCAGAGCUCCUGCAUCUACUCCAACCUGCUGAAUGUUACUUUGAACAGUGAACCAUGCAUCUUGGAGGAGAGAAUGUGACACACUGAAGCUUCACUGGUUAUGCAAACAGGAGAAAAUUCUGGAUUUUGCUGUUACUGCAUCUCUUUGGUGACAGACUGAAAGGAUCUUAUUUUUUGAGCAGUCAACUAGGUACCAAUGUCAGCUGCGUGGACAUUUUUUCUUACUGCUUUAAGUGUAAUCAUUUUGAUCUAGUUCUCUGUGGCAUUUGGUGCAAUAAAUCUUUUGAAUACA